AUCACGUCAUGUCGAAUAAAUGUUGACGUUUCUCCUCCGCACUUUGGCUUAAACUGCCUUUACGUUUCGCGGUUAAGACGGUGUACGUAGGUUGACCCUCAUCGAGCUCCGUACUGCGGAAGCGGUUGAACCAUGUGACGUGAUGUUAUGAAAUGUCAACAAAAACAAAGCAUGUUUUCACAGAAUAACGACAGAUAACGACAGACUCUGCAAACUUUAUGUUUGUCCGUAAAGUGUCUUUGUUCAGGGGGGAUGGACGCAGGGCUUCAUGUGACUUUACGACACUUUCCUGCAGGUGUUACGUGACAUUGUGAGCAGCUGUUAGCCUGUGGCGGCUAACAGCUAGCAGCUUCCUGUGUUUUGUAACUUUGCGAUAAAGAACUUAUGCAAGUCGGACUCCGGAUUCAGCUGCGGACGCACGCGACCAGCCUGUUCCUGGGACCUGUGCCAAGGUGCAGAGAUGAGCCAGGUGCGCCGGUCAGUGGGCGAGGCGCUGUGGGGCAUGUGCGCGGCGGACGCCAUGUCCAUGCCCGUCCACUGGUACUACAACAUCCCGGACAUCAAGAGAGACUUCGGAGGCUGGAUCACGAACUACAGCGCCCCCCGGAGCCGACACCCGAGCAGCAUCCUCACCCUGUCCAACCCAGCCGGCAGCGGCCGCACGUCCUGGUCGUCGGGGGCGCGGCGUCCUGAUGUGGUCGGUGACAUCAUCCUACACGACAAACUGAAGUUCUGGAAGUCUGCCAGCGGCUCGGUGCAUUACCACCAAGGUAUGCGUGCAGGUGACAACACCCUGAACGUGCGCUGCGCCCUGCGGGUGGCGCUCACGCUGCUCGCCGGCGGUUUCUCUGACGUGUCUCAGGCCGACGCCCGCGGCGCCGUGCUCGCCGACUACGUCUCCUUCCUGACGACGGCCGGCUCGCACAACGACACCUACGCCGAGUCCUGGCACCGCGCCUUCUUCUCCGACUGGGCCGAGUCCCGCCCCGCCUCACCUGCCCAGCUGCUGGAGUUCGCCGAGCGCCGCGCCGACAGGAAGCUGAGCUCGCCGCCGGACGGCCAGCUGGACGCCAUCGGCUGCCUUCCCAUGAUCCUCCCCUUCAUCCUGCUGUCCACCUCGGCCAAUGAGGAGCGAGCUGUGUCGGCGGCGCUGCAGUUCGUCCGCCUCACACACCCGCACCCCCGGGCGGCGGAGUGUGUGCGCGUGUACGGCCGGGCGCUGCACGCCACGCUGGGCGGAGCCGACCUCCGGCAGCAGGCGGAGCUCGCCCUGCGGAGCCUCGCCGCCUGGGACACCUGCCAGCGCUACAGCCGGCGGGCCGCCAGGUUCCCGGCCUCCUCAGAGGAGCGGCUGCAGGUGCAUCAAGACGCCGUGGACGAGCUCGGCCUCGCCUGCUACAGCAGAGGUGCGCUGAGCAGCCUGUUCUACCUGGCCUACGAGUUUCAUGACGACCCGCGAGGAGGAAUCCUGACCAACACCAACUGUGGAGGAGAGAACUGUAACCGUGGCGCGGCGCUCGGCGCCCUGCUCGGCGCCCGGGCGGCGCACGGCGGCUCCUCCGUCCCGCAGGAGUGGAAAGAGGCUCUGACCGACGCCCAGGAAGUCGUCCCUGACAUCCUGCAGCAGCUGGCCUGACUCCGCCCCCUGCUGGAGGGGAACUGACACCAUCAGCUGAUGUUUUAAUUUAUUUUUUUUUCUCACCAUAAAUUAACUGAAGGAAUCGAACUGGGUCAUUUUCUCCAAAAUCCAGAGACAUGCUGUCCAGUUUUUUCAUUUCUGUCUGAGGAAAAGGAUUUUUGUUUUAGAGUUGGGGUUUGUACAUUUUAACUCACAUACUUUUGUCCCUGUGGUUUGAAUUGUUGGAUUGAUAUGUUACCAAAACCUCAAAAAUUCCAAUAAUAAAAAAACAAUAAUGAAAAAAAAAAUCAAGUUUCUCCUUUUUCCCCAUACAAAAACAAAAAUAAACAGUAAAAAUGUCCAGAUUCAGUUUAGUAUGCAUGUUUCAUAGAAUAUUCCAGCUGCUAGUUUUUAUUUUGUG